GAGCAGAAAGUCGGUCCAUCAAUUAUUCAUUCGUGUCUGCAAGCCAGUAAGUCGUUGGAUGCUUCCUCGCUGUGCUGAUUAGAGCAGGUCGCCAAUACCGCACUUCGUCGUCGCCAAUUAUGUCGUCACCGAUGCCCGAGGACUCAUCCCAAUCGCUCACCACUCACGUUGUCCUCGAGUGGGUUGAGCCAACGCCGAGUGGCGAAGAACGAAGCCACCUCACGACUCCCGAUCCGUCCGAUGCAAAGAUCAUCUUCAAGUCUGACAUUUCUGCGACACGAGAUGGCCAUGUCGGCGGGCCAACGAUUGGUGUCUUCCUUCGGCUGCACAUUCCGGUGAAGCUGAAGAGAGUAUCGUCCCACACGCCUAUCCACAUCCACAUCCAUCCGUCCCGCGUUCAGUCAUGCACCUUCGCCGUUGCUGUCGACGUCCCCGAUGCCAUUCGGGAGUCGUCGCCAGGUCAGCUGGCAAGCUUGUCCAUGGCGCUGAGCGGACCUGUCCAAGUCGUCGUUCCCCACAGCAUGGUACCAUCCUUCCCUGCGAAAAACCGCGCGUCGGGUCGAGUGCUCGACGCGAUCCGAUCUCUCGGUCGAGCAACACAACUCGUCAUGUACAUGCCGACCAACCGGGCUCCCCGCUUACAUCUGCAGCGUCUGUCCGCGCUACUCAGCGGCGGUGGCUUGCAAGCGCUACCACCGUAUACCGAGUUGUUUAAGUCAUUUGGCGGGUCUGGAGGGCGGAUUUGGGAUCUUGAGCCUGCGUGUCCGGCGACAUCAUCACCAGAUGUCGAAGAGGAUGCUGAUGUCCCGCCGCCUUACCACGAACUCCCCGCAACACGACCAGUGAAACCCACUUCUAGUACACUCCGGAAGGGAAAGCGGCGGCGGCGCAGUAGUACCGGCAUCGAAAAGCUUUCCACGAAGAAGCCCGACUUGCGUGCUUCUCCCCCGAAGCUAUGUCCCUCCGAGAAAACACAGACACUGGAGCUCUCCAUCUCGCAGCGUCUGGCGCUUCUGGAGGCCCUAGUCCACGCUCAAGCCCGGCAAAUCAGCAGGCUGUCCAGCGAGAACCAAGAGCAGCGGAAGCGGAUCGAUGAAUAUGAGGCUGAGCUGGCGGCCAUGCGGUCAGAGAUCGGUCGUGUGGAUGGUCAGGUGGACAAGUUGGAACUAGAUGUUGCAGAGCAGCGCGAGGAUAUUGUGCGGUUGGAUGGCGAUGUCCAAUACUGUCUUGAGCGAGAGGAUGAGAUCAAGGAGGUCGUGACGGACACGGUGACGGAUGCGCUGAUGGACCGUAUCUCAGAACGAGGGCUCAGCGCCUCAAAUAUAGUCUUUACUUUAGAGAAGGGUUGACUCUCCGUCUCAUCCAGAUGGUCUCGACAGAGUAACAGUGAAUGCGUCGACUGCUCCAAGGGCCGCUUAACGGGCAGGGGAUGUUUGCCCAACUGAAAAGGUCUCCUCGCCGAGCCCCGCC